AUGCGAAAAGCAGCUAAGAAUGACUUUGAGAAAGACUUCUACAAAUUAAUGAAUAACAGUGUGUUCGGAAAGACUAUGGAAAAUCUCAGGAAACGAGUUGAUAUUCAGCUCAUUCAUCAGUUUGUAGGACUGAGACCAAAAAUGUAUAGUCUCACUUACGGAACAAGUGAAAAACGCACAGCAAAAGGUGUUAGCAAAUCGGUGAUACGAUCAAAAUUACGUCAUUCGUCGUACAGAGAAUGUUUAUUCCAAAGAGAAUCUCACAUGGAAACUAUGCGUCACUUGAAACUGAAACACCCAAUCAAAGAAAAAGGAUAUACCACACAUUCCAACCAACAACAGGAAUCUACCAUGUUAACUCAGCAGCAGCAGCAGCAGCAGCAGCAGCAGCAGCAACAGCAGCAGCAGCAGAAUACACAUGACCUCCAACGACAUAUCAAGAGAUGGUGCCCAGAGAAUGAUAAACGCAAACGACAACUUUCUCUUGAUGGUUAUGAGGAACCACCAAAAAAGAAGCAGCAUAUAUUUCAGUCAGAUGAAUACGAAAUGGACUAUGAAGAUGAUUCUCAUAGUGCGUCAACAGAAGAGGACUACUUCAAAAGAAUGAAACGGAGAGCAAAAGCUGAUAAUGGGGAUACAUGGUCUGAAAAGGUUAAAAAAUAUCAAAAAGAAGGAUUGUCUAAAAAAGAAGCAGAAGAAAAGGCAAAUAAGAAAAUGAAGGAGACCAAUUUUAUCUCAUUUUUGAACCUUUAUGGAAAAACUAUUCUGAACAUGUUAGACUUGAAAGAGGGGCAGAUCCACGAGAAAGUAAUGUCUAAUGUUGAAAAAUUCCUUAAAAAGGGAUAUGAGAACUUACCAGCUGUUCGUAUGGCUCUCAGAAAGUACAAACAUCUGCUUGAGGAAAUGAUGUAUUUAUCAGAUGAUGAAGGAACGGAUGAUGAAGAAACAGAUAGUGAAGAUGAAGAGAAUGAUGACGUGGAUUCUGAAGAUGAAACAGGGGAUGAAAGUGGGGAAUGA